GCGGCCUCGCUCCCUGACUUCCGGGUCGCGGUGCUAGCAGGGAGAGUUCCGUCGUUUCCGUUGCCGGCUGUUUGCAGUGGGGAAACCGAGGCAGCUCCUGCUCCCCCUAGUUCUUCCGCUCCUGUGAGGAAAAAAAAAAAUGUUUAUUUCUUUGUGGGAGUUCUUCUAUGGGCACUUUUUUCGAUUUUGGAUGAAAUGGCUAUUACGACAGAUGACUGGGAAGUGUGAAUUGCAGCGAAUAUUUGAUACCUAUGUAGGUGCACAAAGGACACACAGGAUAGAAAAUUCCUUGACAUACUCCAAGAAUAAGGUUUUACAGAAGGCGACACGUGUUGUUCAGAGUGAAGUGGACAAAUGUGUAGACGAUAUUAUGAAGGAAAAGAAUAUUAACCCUGAGAAGGAUGCCAGUUUUAAAAUCUGCAUGAAGAUGUGCUUACUUCAGAUAACUGGUUAUAAACAGCUCUAUUUGGAUGUAGAAAGUGUGAGGAAAAGGCCUUAUGAUUCUGAUAACCUACAACAUGAAGAGCUACUCAUGAAGCUUUGGAAUCUUCUAAUGCCCACGAAGAAGUUAAAUGCUAGAAUCUCCAAGCAGUGGGCUGAAAUUGGUUUCCAGGGUGAUGAUCCCAAGACAGACUUCCGAGGCAUGGGCAUACUUGGAUUAAUCAAUCUUGUAAUUAUGUAUCCUCCUACUGCCUUUAUUCACUUGCUUUUUCUCUCUGGGCUCCCUGAUUCUAUUUUGGCAAAUAUAACCAGGUAUUUCAGUGAAAAUUACACUAGUGAAGCUCAUCAGAUUCUUUCCCGUUCAAAUCAUCCAAAACUAGGGUAUUCUUAUGCAAUAGUUGGAAUCAAUCUUACAGAGAUGGCUUAUAGCUUACUGAAGAGUGAAGCUUUGAAGUUUCAUCUCUAUAACUUUGUUCCUGGUAUACCAACAAUGGAACACUUUCAUCAGUUUUAUUGUUAUCUUGUCUAUGAAUUUGACAAGUUUUGGUUUGAAGAAGAACCAGAAAGCAUUAUGUAUUUCAACUUGUAUAGAGAGAAGUUUCAUGAAAAGAUUAAAGGACUUUUACUGGACUGUAAUGUAGCACUUACUUUAAAAGUAUAAAUCAUCCACUGUAUCUUCUAUUUCUACCACAUUUUGCACAUUCAACAGAAUUUAUAUGUUGUAAUAGGAAUUAUCUGAUCAAUUACACUCUUAUAUAUAAUUUCCUACAAAAAUAUUUCAGAAAUUCUAUUUAAGAAAGCUAGUGGACAAUCAGUGUAUGUUUACAGUUGUUUAUACACUGUUCUCCAAAGGUACCUUAUCCUUCCAAAGAUCCCCUCUGUAGAGUCAUGCGAGCUACAGUUUGGAACUUGGGACUUAGCCCGUUGGUGUAAAAGUAUAAAUCAGGUAUUUGUAUUAAAUUGGUUGAUUAAAAUGUGUAAAAUCAAUUUUCAUUUUUAUGUGUUGUGGGAUCAAGUUGGUAUCUUUUUUCAAAGCUCUUUAAGGUUUUUUUUUUUUUGGUUUUUAGUUUGGAAAUGGCUGUUUUUAAUUUUGUCUGAUUUUUAUUUCUAGGGUAAUUAACAGGAAGAGUGUUUCUUUAUGAUUUUCUUUGUUUGCAUCUUAAUUACAUGUCAUAAUGUUGCUUCAUUAGUAGCAAACAGAGUAGAGAUACGGCAGAGAGAAUAAAGAAUUAUGGCCUCCUUUUGGGUUUCUGUGAUUAUUGAGCAUAACUGAUGAGAGAAUGACAGUAUUGGUGACUAGCUUUUUUGUUUUUAAAUAACACACUUUAAAAUGCCACAGUGUUAUUUGAAAGCUUAAAGGCAUUUUCUCAUCUUCAGUAUUUGCUUUUUAUCAGUUGUAGAAAAGAACCUUAAUGUUUUCUUCUCUAGCUAUGUAUGUUUAUGAAACUGCUUUACUUGUGUAUGAAACUUCUCCACCUAUGUAUGUUUAUGAAAAGAGAUGUAUUUGCCAAGAAAAUCUUGAUUAUGUAAAAGACAAAAAGAUUAUAAAAGACAGUUUUUAUUUAAAUAAAACUGUCUUUGAAACUUAAGAAAGUUUAAGUUUAAAAAAAAUCUCAGUUAAACAUCAUUGGUUUAUUUGACUUACUGUUAACUCUUGCUUCUCUUUGACUCCAUGGUGUUUUUAGAUAACGAUGUAUGAACUUUAUGUUAACGGUUUGUGGGAUACUAAAAUAGCUUGAAGACGACAUGAUGACUGUGCAUUUUAUAUAGUUUUAUUCUCCUAAAAUCUCAGGAGGGCAGCAAGUGCUGUCAAGGAUUAUAUAGUGAUGAGAUUCUUAUGGGAAUGAUUUCUUCUUGGUGUGUUUUACACAUUUGUACUGAUAGCAAAACUAAAGUUUAAAGCAGGAAAGUUUAAGUUCUCCUUAAAUCCUACAGAAACCAACCUUUUGAAGACAUAAUUUCAUCUAAAACAUGAUGAUAUUUAGCACACCUUUUAAUGUGGGUGUAUAUCAAGUGUUUAAGGACUGGCUCGUAUAUAAUAGAGCAAGACUUGAGACUUUUUAAGUAUUUGCUCAUAUCUGUUGACCUUUCUCUUUCAAACUUGUUAAAGAGUGGUAAGACAUAUCCAAUUGGAAAAUAAGACGCAGUGUUGUAUAGCACAUACAUUUAAAGUGCAUGCGUUAAAUUAGUUUCUCAAUAAGAUAAAAUUAUUUUAAAAUUUUAGUUCCUUUUAUUACAAUAGUGGCAAUUUAGCUUUUCAGUAUUACAGGAAUUUAAAAAUUGGUUUCUUGUAGGGGACAUCUCAACUUUGGGAAUGUCUUCACUUAAUUUUUAAAAAAUAUUUUCAUGCUUUAUUGGCCAGCUAUAUGAUAUAUCGCAAAAUCCUGACAAGUUCAUUGUAUUAAGGUAUUAACUAUUACAUGGAAAGCAAUUCUGUUCAUCUUUUGAUGUUUGUGCUGAAAAUGCUUAUCUUUGUAUUUUGAUCCUCCAACAGCAGAGAACUUGAACUGAUUUAAACCUUUGUCAGUAUACUUAAGAAUGCUUUAAGUGUGGAAGGGGAAAAUUUUAAGUAAUUAAGUUUUUUCCCUUCUAGGAAGAAAAACUAUGAUGAUGUUAAGAAAAUGUCGGUAUAAAGUUUGCUCAAUAAUAUGUUCUUUAAAUCCACCUCCAUAUGUACGUUACAAGUAUCAUUCUAUUUUUGCUUAAAAUAAUCUGCAUCCAUUUCAGAUAGUUUUACAGCAAAUUGAUCUAAAAGCCACUAUUAAAUUCUAGGUUUGAGUCUAGAAGCCAAGCAAAAUGUCACCAAUGUCAGUUGUAAAUUAGAAUGCAACAUGGGCCUUCAGACUCUUGAUAGUGAUAUACAUGAAAACCGAAAUAUAAUUGCGUCUACCUUCCUACUUUCCCUUUUGACAUAUGUAGUUGGAAUUUUAUGUAGUCUUAAAAUCCAUAUUUAGAAUCUUACCUAUUUCUAUAAUGAUUAGUAAAAUGCCAAAGUAGUGAUAGAAUAUUGUGGCAUUGAAAUAGCCAAAAAAUUAUGUUAGUUUUAGCAUCAAAAAAGUAAAUAAAUGUUGAAAUGAAUUUUUGUAUGUGCCAGAUUGAAGAGAGUGUGUCAGUGACAGGAAGUAGUCUAAAAAAUUAAUAGUCAUGGUUUUAAUAGGGUCUGAAAGACAAUCUUUAAAGAAAUGGGAGAAAUCGGGGUAUCAGUGAACCUAUACCAACCUCUCUUUGUACAUAAAUAUGGUGAUGUAGCUAGAUAUAAAAAUCAGUGUCUUACUGGCACCAUUUACAGUUUAGAAAACAAUCUUUUUCUUAAAAAUUCCCAUCUGAUUCGUAUUUUUAGGAGCUACUUGGAUUUGUAUGUAUUUUUUCUACGUGAAAAUAUAUGUACUCUUCACUUUUGUUCCAGUAUUAUAAUUGCUCAUGCACUCUUUCUCCCCUUUGAGAACCUUCAGUGAAAUAUAAGUUCAUCAAAGAUUUGCUCAAAGGAGAAGCAUCACAUGAGUAUGAAAAAUAGAUGCUUGCAGCUAGAACAGAAAAGGUUACACAUGAUCAUGACACAGAAGAUAGGAGGUUUGACUUGGAGGGCCAUAAUGUUUAUUAUCUUUCUUGAAAUAAUGGGGACCAGCAGCUGUUUUCUCAGGAUAAAUGGUCUACCCUACUUCUCCAUGAACAGGUGUGGGGAGGCUUACUUUCCAUUUUCAUAUUUAUACACCUCUCUACAAAAGCAAUUUUUAAUGAAGAUUAGUGAAAUUGUUAAAAAUCUGAGAGGAAUCAUGAGUGGAGGUGUUUGGGGUUUUUUUCUGUAUUCAGUUUUUGAUGAGAAAAGUUUUAAAUGUAGUACAGGUAAGACCCAACUACUACCUUACUAUUAUAGGAUGAUUCUGUGUUUCUGUUAAAGUAUUCAAGUAGCUUUCUCUGGGGGAAAAGUACCACUUGGACACUUAAAGGAAUUGGGAUUUUUGUCUACUUUGGAUAAGGCAGUUGACUUCUUAAGUAAAAGCAAUAGUGUAAAAUGUCAUUUUGUUUGGAAUGUUAAGUGAGCAAAUAAAAAAACAUGUUGAAAUUGUA